CGGCAAGAAGGGCAGUCACGUAACAGACGCAGCCCAGGCAUAUUGCGGCAGCCAUCGAGGAGGAGCCCCCAAAGCUCUUGGACGGGGGGCGCUCAGGGCUCUCUCUAUCUUCUUCCAAGGUUUCUCUUUUGACGUAUUCGUUUCGGUGGUGCCCGUGCGCUUCCACCGCGUUCGCCGCGUGCCAAGCCCGAGUCACCACCGCGCCGACACCGAUAAACCCUCACAUAAAAACCCUGCCUCUCUCUGUCCUCCUCUCUGAACUCCCCUCGUUUUCUCUUCUUUAUAUUUGGAUGGCGAUUGCGACGGAGAUCGGUAGUUGGGCGGCGGGGAUCCGGCCGUCGUCGGGCGGCGACCGGGCCGGCCUCGCGUCCUCACGACGGAGUCUUGACCGGCUGUUCCUCCGAGCGGGAAGGGCUUGCCGGGCUCCGCAGCCCGCCCGCCUGGGUCUCGUGCUGAGAUCCGUGAAGGCUUCUGAGAGGAGCGGGCGCGCGGUGGAUGUUGUUGGCACGUCCAAUGGCUCCGUUAGCCCCGAGAUUUCAAACUCCUCUUGUGCCCUUCCAUCUGUUGAGUUUAGCUUGGAGGAGACAAGGGUGGUUUCGAAUCCGAGAAGGAAGACAAAGAUAGUGUGCACAAUUGGUCCUUCCACGAAUACACAGGAAAUGAUAUGGAAAUUAGCAGAAGCGGGAAUGAAUAUUGCACGACUAAACAUGUCUCAUGGAGAUCAUGAAUCGCACCGGAAGAUUAUUGAUCUGGUUAGGGAGUACAAUGCGCAAUCCAAAGGCAAUGUUAUUGCCAUAAUGCUGGAUACCAAGGGGCCCGAGGUAAGAAGUGGUGAUGUGCCUCAGCCUAUUUUGCUUAAGGAAGGCCAGGAGUUCAAUUUUACGAUCAAAAGAGGAGUUAGCUCUGAAGAUACUGUUAGUGUAAAUUAUGAUGACUUUGUGAAUGAUGUGGAAGUAGGUGACAUUCUUUUGGUUGAUGGAGGGAUGAUGUCUCUGGCUGUGAGAUCAAAAACUGUCAACACAGUCAAGUGUGAAGUAAUUGAUGGUGGAGAAUUAAAAUCAAGGCGCCAUUUGAAUGUACGUGGCAAAAGUGCUACACUGCCUUCCAUAACAGAGAAGGACUGGGAAGAUAUCAAGUUUGGUGUGGACAAUAAAGUUGAUUUCUAUGCAGUUUCAUUUGUGAAAGAUGCUAAAGUGGUGCAUGAAUUGAAGGAUUAUCUCAAAAGUUGCAAUGCAGACAUACAUGUGAUUGUUAAAAUAGAAAGUGCUGACUCGAUACAAAAUCUUCACUCCAUAAUUUCUGCUUCAGAUGGGGCGAUGGUUGCUCGUGGAGACCUUGGUGCUGAGCUUCCAAUUGAGGAAGUUCCUUUGCUGCAGGAAGAGAUUAUAAAUAGGUGCAGAAGCAUGGAGAAACCGGUGAUUGUGGCAACAAACAUGCUAGAGAGCAUGAUAAACCAUCCAACACCGACGAGGGCAGAAGUUUCUGACAUAGCAAUUGCUGUCCGGGAAGGUGCUGAUGCUAUUAUGUUAUCGGGUGAAACUGCUCAUGGGAAGUAUCCACUGAAAGCUGUUAAAGUGAUGCAUACUGUGGCAUGGAGGACUGAAUCAACCCAAUCAACCAGCAAGACCCAACCUGUUCUUCCUACUGCUGUUCAGGCUGCAAUCCAUGGGGAGUUUUCUCAAAGCCACAUAAGUGCUAUGUUUGCAUCACAUGCAACCACAAUGGCAAACACCCUAGGCACGCCUAUCGUUGUUUUCACACAAACUGGUUCCAUGGCUAUACUUCUCAGCCACUAUCGACCUUCUUCUACUAUCUUUGCAUUUACAAAUGAAGAAAGGAUCAAGCAGAGAUUGGCACUUUAUCAUGGCGCCUUGCCAAUACAUAUGCAGUUCUCAAAUGAUGCAGAAGAGACUUUCUCUAGGGCGAUAAAGUAUAUGCUGGACCAGAAAUAUUUGGAGAAGGGACAAUAUGUUACUCUUGUUCAAAGUGGAAUACACUCAAUCUGGCGACAGGAAUCUACACAUCACAUUCAAGUCCGCAAGGUCCAAGGCUGUUAAAUAUUCGUUGUAAUAAGAAAUUCAUUUAGCGAGUUUACUCAUAGCUAAUUAUAGGUUAAAUGAUUAUUUUGUUGCAAAAUGUACUGAUUAGCAACUAUUCUUUGAGCUUCAUCUAGAUUGUAUUAAUUGAUUUACUUAAUAAUCAAUGUGUUUUACUACAUUA